CACCACUGUUUUUUGAAAAUCCCGCUUGUAGAUUCAGUUAACUGUAGCCUUGGCAAAGACCUUCGAGAACAUGUAUUUCAAUUGGCUAUUCACUUGGCACUGGAUCGUUCAAACAGUGAUUUGAAUUGUGAUUCAAUUUUUGCUCAACGAAUUCUCAUGUUUUUGAGUUUUUCUCUCUAAGAAGUCAGAAUGCCUUUCAAAUGGGAGGAGGGGGCUAAGCCACGUAAAAAAAUUGAUGCAGACACCAUGAAAAAUGCAGUAAAGACAAUCAUUGAAUCUGGAAGAAGUGUUAGGUCAGUUGCACAAGAAUUUGAGAUAGAUAGGAAAACAUUAGGAAGAUACCAUGAAAAAAUCGUCAAAGGAGUAGAAACUACAUUCAACCCUAAUUAUAACACAUGUCAAAUAUUUUCGAAUGAUGAGGAGGAAGACCUCAAGAAUUAUUUGAUAUUGUCUUCAAAGCUAAACUAUGGUUUAGCUCCAAAGGAAUUGCGAAAAUUUGCAUAUGAAUAUGCAAUUGCUAGGGGCAAAAAAGUCCCAGAGAACUGGAUGAAAAAUAAAUCUGCCAGUUAUGAUUGGCAGAUGGGUUUUAUGAGCCGACAUACAGAAUUGUCCUUAAGGAAUCCUCAAGCAACUAGUUUGGCUAGGGGAACUGCGUUCAAUGAGACCACAGUUUAUGUGUUUUUUAGCAACUUGAGGACAGUGUACAAAGAACACAAGUUUAGUCCAGAUGCAGUCUAUAAUAUUGAUGAGACUGGACUGUCUACUGUUCAUAGACCCAGCAAAAUCAUUUCAGCUAAAGGGCAAAAGCAAGUGUCUAAAGUUACUUCUGCUGAACGAGGAACACUUAUCACUGUUUGCUGUGCAGAGAGUGCAGUGGGUAAUGCAGUUCCUCCCUUCUUUGUUUAUCCCCGCAAAAGAGUGAAUGACCGAAUGACCCAAGGAGCUCCUCCAGGUUCUUGUGCUGUUGGUGGCGAGUCAGGGUGGAUGACUACUGAUUCAUUCAAUCAUUAUCUGGAUCACUUCAUAAAAAAUGUGAAGUGCUCACCUACAAAUCCAGUGCUUGUAGUCCUAGACAACCACGAUUUGGAGAUUGAUGUAGAAGAACAGACAGCAACAACGAGAGAGACAGAGACAGAGAAGGCCACACCAAUGAGGAGACAAGCAGAGAUGGAGGUUGAUCUUGAACCUCCAGUCCUCCCACCACCACCCCCCGUUGAUAGCUUGAACAUGGUGAGAAAUCAGCAACAGAAGCCAGGGGCACGAAAAUAUAAAGACUUCAGUGAUGAGAAUUUAUCAAAAGCGAUCCAGGCGGUAAAUGAGAAGACCUUGUCACUACGCAAAGCAGCAGAAAAAUAUGUUUGGAGAAUGAAAGAGCAGAAGAAGAGCUUCAGAGACUUCAACUGCAGCAUCAGCAACAAAGAGACAGAGAAGGCAACCAAUGAGGAGACAAUUAGAAAUGGAGUUGUUGGUGAGUUGAUAUGGGGCUGGCUGGGGAAGCUGUCCUACUGGCCGGACAUAGUGGUGGUGGUGGAUGAAGAGGGCCAAUACACUCAUCAAAAACUUUUACUGGAAAAAUGGCUCGAGAAACGUAUGAUAUGA